GCCAACCAGAUCUUUUGCUCCAACCUGCCCUGGUCGGUCAACGGCAAGAUGCUUAGGCAGGCCUUUGAGGUGUUCGGGGAAGUGACGGACGCCUUUGUUGCAUACCACGGCCGCUCAUCGCGCGGAUUUGGCUACGUCACCUUCAAGGAGCCCGCCGACGCGCGUGGAGCGGUGGAGGCGAUGAACAUCGCUGGGUACGUGCACAGG